AUGACUCGACCAGGAUCCUCGGAGGGCAAGGAGAGCCCCAAUGGGAUCUCGAUGGAUGACUACAACCAUCCCUCUCCGAUCCAGAACUCGAUCCACGAACCAUUGCUGCACGACUCGUCCGGCCAUCCCCACCAUGCCUCCCGAGCCGAAUCAUUUGGUGCCUAA